GCCAACCAUAUAUACACUAUACUUUAUUUCAUGAAUUGCUCAUAACAUUCACAAUCUUCAUCUCUAAACUCUACUAUUACAACCAUGCCUAAUCAAAACAAUGAAACUAUGCCAAUAGAUCCAAAUGUUGAUCCCUAUGGCUAUUUGGGCAUGGUUCAUAAUUCUGAUGGUUCCAUCACACGUCUACAUGAACCUCCUGUUCCGGUAGACACAUCUAAUGAUCUUUCCCAUCUAGUCUUCACCAAAGAUAUUUCCAUUAGCUCCUCAAAGAACACAUGGGCACGCAUUAUCCUCCCUCGUGAACUUCUCCAUUCCACCACCAGUACUCCUAAACUUCCUCUCGUGAUCUAUUUUCACGGAGGAGGAUUCAUAGUAGCAACUGUAGAUUCACCUAGCUUUCAAAGAUUUUACGCGUCAAUUGCUAGUGAAAUUCCAGCAGUUGUUGUGUCAAUUGAGUAUCGUCAAGCCCCCGAGCAUAGACUUCCAGCAGCAUACGACGAUUGCAUGGAAGCAUUGCAUUGGAUCAAGACCAAACCCGACGAGCUAUUAUCUAAUCAUGCUGAUUUCUCCAAAUGUUUCCUAAUGGGCACGAGUGCCGGAGGCAACGUGGUGUACCACGUUGGCCUACGCGCUGCGGAGAGUUGGGACAACCUCAAGCCUUUGGUAAUCAAGGGGUUGAUAUUGAAUCAACCUUUCUUUGGUGGGAAUAAGAGGACACAAUCAGAAGUAAGAUUGGCUAAUGACAAGGUGUUACCCCCAAUUAUAAGUGAUAUCAUGUGGGACCUAGGAUUGCCUGAAGGUGCUGAUCGCGAUCAUGAGUAUUCAAAUCCAAUGGUGGGGAUUGAAUCAAAACCGAAUUUAUUGGAUCAAGUAAAAUUAUUAGGAUGGAAGAUGUUGGUGACUGGCUGUGAUGGUGAUCCUUUGAUUGACCGCCAAGUUGACCUAGUAAAGGUGUUGAAAGAAUUGGACGUUCAAGUAGAGGGUAGUUUCACUCAAGGAUUUUAUCAUGGCUCGGAGAUUAUUGAUCCUUUGAAAACUAAAGAAUUUUCCUUGCUUGUAAAGGAACUUAUAAGUAACUUUUAAGGGGAAUUGCUUUGUAUAAUUGUGAUAGUAAUAUUGCCCCUUCCAAAAAAUGUAAUGACGCAUAUUAAUUAUUAAUAUAAUAUCUUGUUUAACCAAAAAGAAAAA